CACCGAGCUCUGCGGCAAGUGCGAACCGCUUCCGGAGUUCCAACGUCUCCAUGACAUGUUUGCCGCGCUCAUCUCCUCUGCCGACAAACAACGCGACGACGCAUUCCUCGACGGAACCGCGCUGUUCUGCGACGGCGCGCGCGUCACGUUCCGCGAGCUCGACCGCCGCUCGAACCGCCUCGCGCGCCGCCUGGCAGGUAAGAUCGGCGAGUGCGCGGACGUCGCGGCGACGGCGUCGCGCGACAAGGUCGUCGUCGUCGACAUGGCGCCUAGCGAGCGUCUCGUCGUGGCGCUGUUCGCGGUGAUGAAGAUCGACGUGGCGUACCUCCCUGUCGAUCCGGGUUUCCCCGCCGCCCGUAUCGCGUACGUCGUCAACGACGCGCGCCCGCUCUGCAUCCUCGCCGACCGGCGCGACGCCACCCUCGUCGACGCGGAGCGCCAGUUCGCAGCGCACUCCCGUGUACGUACGACGAGCUGGCGGCCGACGACGACGGCGUUUCCGCGGGCGACGCUGAAACCCGACGAGCGUCUGCCGCACGACUACCGCACUCCGCUUCUCGCCUGCGUGCUAUACACGUCCGGCAGCGAGGGGCGGCCGAAGGGCGUGCGUCUGCCGCACAAGGUCAUCAUGAACCGGCUCUGCUGGCAUUUUGUGACGAAGUUUUCUCUUUCGCUCGGCGAUGGACGGCCAGAUCGGCUCUUCAAGACGUCGACGACGUUCGUCGACCACCUACAGGAGGUUUUCGGCGCGCUGCUGCGCGGCGUGCCCGUCGUCGUCGUUGCCGCGGCGACGACCCGCGACCCGCGCGCCCUCGUCGACGUUCUCGAGUCUCGCGGCGUGACGCGGUUCGUCCUCGUGCCGUCGUUGCUGCGCAUGCUGCUCGCGUUCCUCCCUCCCGCGGGGACGGGGAAGCCACGGUUGCCCCGGCUGCGGCUGUGGGUCUGCAGCGGGGAGACGCUCUCCGCCGAACUCCUCCGCGAGUUCUUCGUGCGAUUCCCGAGCGGCCGCACGAUCUGCAACUUCUACGGCAGCACGGAGGUGACGGGCGACGUGACGUACGCGACGUUCGAAUCCGCGCCCGGCGUCGGCGGCGGCGUUCCCAUCGGCCGCCCGAUCUACAACACGAUCGUCUACCUUCUCGAUGACGCCAUGACGGCGGUCGCGCGCGGCGAGCGAGGAGAGAUGUACGUCGCGGGGCUCAGCGUCGCCGCGGGUUACGUCGGCGCCGCCGAGGAGAACGCGCGCCGCUUCCUUCGGAACUCGUUCUGCGACGUGCCUGGGUACUGCGCGCUGUUUCGCACGGGCGAUUUUGCGCGCGUUGACGACGACGGCUCGCUGGUCUUCGAGGGCCGCACGGAUGCGCAGGUGAAGGUGCGCGGUCACCGCGUCGAUCUCGCCGAGAUCGAGAACGCGGCGAGGCAGUUUCCAGGUACGGCGUGACGGGUUGUCGUGGCGACGGCGUGCGAUGGUGCGUGAUGGGUUGUCGCGGCGAUGCCGUGUGACGGGUUGUCGCGGCGAUGGCGCGUGAUGGGUUGUCAUGGCGACAGCGUGUGAUGGGUUGUCGCUGCGACGGCGCGUGACGGGUUGUCACGGUGGUGGUGCGCGAUAUGUUAGAUCGCAAGAAUUGUGCAUUGACUUUGCUGUGUAACUUUGCUGUGGCGUCACGUGAAUAACGUAGUUUAGAAGAGACCCGAUAAAACAAUAUAUUGAUCGUGUGGUGUCAGUGUCUCGUGUUGCUUGGUGCGCGUUAAAAUAGAGCAGUUUUUAAUGAGAACAGUACAGGUGUCUGUAGAAAGAUUGAGAGAAAAACACAUAUGUUUUCAGUUCCUGGACACGUGGUUUACUUCUAUAUAUGUGACCCACUCCAGCAUAAUACAGACUAAGUCGCAAGUCAUUGUUUUGAGUAAUGCACACAUGUCAAUGCUGAAAAUGGCCUACCUGGACAAAAAUGAGAUUUUUACAAAAAUAAAUUCCUAAGUGCGUAUUUAAUUCGGAUAUAUAGGUUCAGAUAUCUCUAGAUUAUUAUGGUCAUUUUUUUCCUUCAUCCUUCAGACCGGCCCCUGACCGCUUAUCCCCGACUGGGCCCCUUAUUACCCGGAACGCUUUAUCUCAAAAGCAUUUCCUACUUAAUCCUGGUUUUGCUGGAGCUCGUCACAUAUGUGGUUAUUUUAAUAUUAAAUAAGUACAGAUUUUUAGAAUGUUUUUUUAUAAGGCAUGAUUUUUAAGGCAGUCUAGUCUAGUUCUCUCCUGUGUUUAAGUCUCAUGGAAGGAUACUCAUGUAAGUGUGCUAGAGAGUUCAGCUGUGGUGUCAUAGAUGUUGAAAUACAUUUGCUAUACGCCGUAA